UCUACUGUCACGUGAUAAAAAAUUUCCCAAACGAAAUGAAAACAUCAAUGAAUAUGACGUUUAUGCUAGUGUUAUUCAUAUUUACUAUUGUUUUUCCUUCAAUUAAAUCUUUUCAACUAUUUCAACAAGGUUCAAGUGUUGGAUCUGUGAAUCCAUAUGAAUAUGUCGUACGAUCUGUGGAUAGUUUUUGUGCACUGAGUUGUGACGGAAGAAGAAACUAUCGGGCAUGCGUAAUUGAAAACGGAUACGAAGUUGAUUUAGAAUUCUUUAAAAACUGUGUUCAACAAAUACGAUUUUACGAUACAUGUGCAGAGAUAGAAGAUUUCCUUUGUAAUUAUCUGCGAACAUGUCCACAAGAAUAUAACCAAUUUAUCAACUGUCUUGGUUCAGCCAAAUGUGCUUACAGUACUAACAAACCAUAUUUUUAUCGAACACUCGAU